UACAAGUUUAAAUUUUUUUUUACAAAUAUUUUAAUAAAAAAGUAAAUUUUCAUAAAUGAUUAAAAUAUUGAUCGCAAAACCUGAAUAACUGAACACUUCCCCUAAAUGAGUUAAUUUUUGGCCAAGCAAUAAUCAUAAUAAUAAUAAAUAUUAUAAGGUUUCUUAUAUUUCACACAUUUGUCACAUGUAUCUAAGUAUAUUAUAUAAACUUGUAAUAGAGUCACCACCUUUAAAAAAAAGGCCUAUGAAGGGUUAAGACAGAGCUCGGCAUGCAUUGCUCAGAAACAUAUGAUUUGUAAACAUAUAUUUCCAAUAACUUACUAUUAGAAACAAAUGCUUUGAAGUAAACGGAAUAGGCGGAGCAAGUCGAAAAUUGACCUAAAUGUGUAACACGUGCCGAACUUCGGUUUAAGAAGAUGCUGAAGUAGAAUUUGAAAAACUCAAGACGCAGAGACGAUCGUCACUAACACUAAUCACGCUAUUCUUUUCAUAUCGUAUAUAACUUACGUAAAUGUGUGUUGCUUUUUUACCAUAUUUUACCAUAGCAAAACCUAACCACGCAUUUGUAGAAAUCUUUCUGCAAACUUUUCGGAUACUUUUAAGCUUCUGAAUUCAGAUACGAAGGUACAGCAAUGUUCUUCAAAAUGAUACUUUGAAAGUAUCGGUUUACAUAGUAAACUGCUUCAACCACCGAAUCCUGUUCCUGUCCAUUUGCCACGUGGUAUUUCUAUAACUAAUGAAAAUGCAUUAGACAAUUGAAUGGCUGUCUGCACAGGCUUGCUACACUUCUAUCAAGGGUAGUGUGAUCGUGGUAGUACUUAUCUGAUAUGACGUUUUGACGAUUGUCUCUACGUUAUCGGCAUUUUCGAAGUUUGUCAUUCACUUUGGCAUCCCAUUAAGGAAUGCUAGAAUCAGCAUCGAGCGACGAUCGCAGCGUCGUCUCUUGUUUUAAUCCCAGCGACACCAAAGCGGAGAAGUGGAACGACAAAUAUUAAUUAUUCGUGAUAAGAUAAAACAUUCGAUAUCAGUGGGUGCGCAGACACAAAGCAGAAAUUCGAAUAUACCACUCGUCAGCUUUGGAUGAACGAGAAACGAUGACCUCUUCUCCCAGCGAGAGUUCACCACCCCUGAGCCCCAAAUCGCCCACGAUGAAUUCGACUACCCAAUUUCCCGAGCCAUCCACGUUUCGUUUUUCGCCCGCGCCUCGUGUUUCCCGAUUCGCUUGCAAAUUACCGAAACGGGCUCGGUCGAUCAGUUGGUUGUUUGGUUGGCUGGCAACCUCGGUACUGGAGGCCGUGGAACCCGAAACGACGACGGGACCAGGCCAAUUGGCAAUGUCUGGGCCUGUAAUUAGGUUUGCGUUGGUGGUAACGUCAUUACCUGGUAAGCUUGCAAUUUCCUUGUGGCCGCCGUUCGCCGUCGUCGUCGUCGUCGUCAUCAUCAUCAUCAUCCUCGUCUCUAACCGGUUCCCUUCGUGGCGCUUCGCGAUCGCACCGGGGAAGCUCGCUUUUCUAGCCGAUCGAGUGAGGGAGCAGCCGAGCGAGCGAGUAACUCGUCGCUUCGUUCGUAAGCGUAAGAAAAAGGUGUGCGAGAGCGGAGCGUAGCGAGGGGAGACAGGACGGGAUGGGAGCCGUAGUUAUUCGGAUAAAUUGUACCACCGUUUUG